GUUGCCAUCUUUGAUGUCCUACUAGACUGUACCAAGGGAGAGAGGCAGGGAGGGGGCUGUUUAGGAACGGGGUGUACCCACGUCGUGGCCUGUCGUUUGGACUCAACUUGCAGAGGCGUGUCAGGUGCGGGGGGGCGGUCCGUGCUGGUGGGGUCCCCCGAGGGCGUGGGGGCCGCGUUGAGGGGGCUCUGUGGUGGGGCCCGCGCAGGAGCAGAAGAAAUCCUGGAAAUAGCCUCACGUUACCAUGGCCAGUCCCCCCUCCAGGGAUCAGGCAGACCGAAUCAGGUACAUAAAAGGGGACCUUUUUACUUGCCCCAGAACGGACUCAUUGGCUCACUGCAUCAGUGAGGACUGUCGCAUGGGCGCUGGGAUAGCUGUCCUAUUUAAGAAAAAGUUUGGUGGCGUACAGGAGCUGUUGGAUCAGCAGAAGAAGUCAGGAGAGGUGGCCGUUCUGAAAAGAGAUGACAGAUAUAUAUAUUACCUGAUUACGAAGAAGAAAGUCUCCCACAAACCAACAUAUGAGAAUAUGCAAAAGAGUUUAGAAGCCAUGAAAACUCAUUGUUUGAACAACGGGGUUACUGACAUUUCCAUUCCUAGGAUCGGAUGUGGACUUGACCGUCUGGAAUGGGAUAAGGUUUCAGCGCUACUUGAGGAAGUGUUUGAGGACACGGACAUUAAGAUCACAGUUUAUGCUCUCUGAACAAAGAUGCCUUAUGGAGAUGAUUGUUGAUUUCCCUUGCUGUAGAUUCAGGUGGCAUGGGAAUUGAUUUGGAGAAAAAGCUGUGUGUGAAGCAGAGCCCAUCUCCUCUUUGAGGAAUAAUUUACCAUUAGGUUUUUCCCAAUGGCAGGCAGUUGCUUCCAGAGAACCGGUUGGUUUGGAAUGUGUUGAUCAGAGUUCCAGAAUGAAGUAUCUAGUGUAAACCUUCAGGUUUAUAAGGUGCCACAAGUACUCCUGUUCUUCUUUUUUCAGGUUUAUAUAUAUCCCUCAGGGAUCCUUGCCUGUGAGUCACAUAGCCAACCACCAGAUGUCACUGUUCCUCCACCCUUCAGAAUACCCAUCUGCUUGUAAAGAAAUCUUUUCUUACUGUGGUGGUUUGUGUGUGUGGAAGUUUGAGGUAGUUUGGCACUUUUUAAAAUAUUCCAAAUCUUUGAAUUUAAGAGUUAUAUGUAUCUGUUUAUUGUGUUGUUUCAGAUAAUGAAGUGAAUAAUUGUGGAGAUCUGCUAUUUAAUUUAAAACAGUACAGUGUUCAGCUCAGACAUGCAGAUUUCCUUUGUUCUUUUAGUUAUUAAAAAUUAAAGUAUUAUCUUUUCAAAACAUAA